UUUCACAGGCUCCAGGACCCACGAUUACACUAGCGAUGGGGAACUUCCUGUCGUUUUUCACUCUGUAUUAACAAACUUUUACAGAUUGUUUUUUUUUUGUUUGUUUUUUUAUGUAGACGGCUUUGGAGGAUCACGUGCAUGAGGUGGAAAAGAAGGUCGCUUGCUGUCACACUCUCGAGAACCUGAACGUUUUCGGCAUCCGAUUAUCUUUUCUGUCAGUUCUGGAGAAAACUUCAAACACAGUCUGGAGGGACUGAAGAUUUUGCAUUCAAAAACAAAACAAAACAAAAUAAAUAAUGAUGUUGGAUGAAAUGACGAUGUUGCCGCAGAGACCGCCUAAGCGGCGCUGGUUAAACGUGGACACCUACGAGGAAAAGACGAACCUGCGCGUCUCGAAGCGUGAAUGUUUGCGGGGCCGCUUUAACAGGACCAUGUGCAGGAGCGCAGGGAGAGUGCGGGAGGGCAACGUGAACAGCGAACAGCAAUGCAAGCGGCAGCUGGAGUUUCUGAAGCGGAGGCAGCUGCCAGUAACGACUCCCCCGAGCAGCGAGGUCGAAGAGGGGAACAACUGCGAGCCAAAGCCGACUUUACGGUCAGCUAAGGUUCAGAGACCAGACGCGGCUAUGAACAGGCGGUCGGUGGUGAUGUCACAUGACCUAGGAAUUACCUGGCCGGAGUUCCCUGUUGAUAAGGCUCCCUGGCUGAGUAAAGGGACGCUAUACAAGAGCACGCAGCCGCCUGGACUGCUGGGUAAUCAGCUGCCUGGAGGCCCUGCCCGCUCCUCUGGACGGCUGCAACACGAGACCUUCAAACAGGAUGGAACCGUGAGAAGAGAGCGCGGAACUCAGACCUCCGAGGACGUAAAGCAGGAUUCGAGUGUGCAAACCGAGAGUGGUGUAACUGCUGUCAUGGAAAAGGAAGUUCUCGAGCUUUCUGCCUACUUACAGGAGGCUCUUCGACGUGAACAGGCUCUUAAGCACAAGCUUUCUAUCCUGCAACAGCUGAUGUCCUCCUUGCUGUGCUCCUCAGAUAGACUGUGGACGGCUCGGUACAAUGAAGAUCUUAUGAAAUGCAAAAUUGGGUCUCUAGAAUCACAGCUGCAAGUGUGCAUGCAGGGCGGCACGAAGAAGGGGAUCAUUGAGAUGGGGGAGCAGAAGCUGAGGCUCGAGGAGAAAGCCAAGGAGUCUCUGAAGAGAGUGCUGAUGGAGAAGAGCGCGGCCGAGGAGAAGGUGCAGAGCCUGCAGAGGGCUCAGCUGGCUUUGCAGCAGGAGAACUCCCAGCUGAAGGAUUCUUAUGAGAAGGUGAAGGAGAGCUGGGCCGAGCUCAAGAGUAAACACACGCAGAGCGUGGACCAGCUGCAUGUCCUGCAGAGCAAGCUCGAGAGAGCGGAGAGCCGGGAGGUCGCGCUCCAGGCCAGGAUGGAGGGGCUGCAGCAGGACCGGGAUGAGCUGGCGUCCCGAAUCGACGUGCUGGAGGAGGACCGGCACCUGAAGAGAGAGCAGCUCGGCACCCUGACAGAAAAACUGAAGAGUCUUGAAGAUCAGAAAGCAACACAGGAUGUCACGGGUACCAGCGUGUGGAACAUAAAUUCACAGCCGUUUCACACAGGGGACAGAUUCUCGAUGGACCAGGCUGGCCAGGGGGACACGAAGCUGAGGCACCAACUGCUGGAAAUUGAGUCAAAGCUGGGGGCGAAAGAGACAGAAUGCUCAGAGCUGCGCGGGGAGCUGGGAAACCUGGAGGACGAGUACCAGUCGUGCCAGUCGAAGCUGCGGCAGUGCAGGGAGGAAUUAAACCGCUUUCAGGGAAGGAGAAGCCAGACGCGACGCAGCAAAUGGAUCUGCCUGUCUGUGCUGCUGGUUGUCGUGGCGAUCGCAGCCUCUGCCUUUUACCCAGACCUUUACGAGCACAUGAACCUCCUCUUUAGAUUGUUAGAGAGACGAUUAAACCAGUAUUUAAACUGACAUGUCAAACACAGUCCCACGUGGCUCACCUUGUGAAAGCUCUACAGCCACACUGCACAGCGACUCCCAGUGUAACGGUUAUUGGGACCUUCCUGAAACAUCUCGACUGACAUUCAUUAGCUUGUGUCCCUCCCCCACACGCUCUCUGCAAUGCGGAUUGCUCAGAUUCUCUGUAUUGAACUUAGUAGCUUAAUUAAACUAAUAUAGGGGCGCCACAAGUGACAUCAUUGUGGUCAUUUGGGAAACGCCCCUCCCAGAGAGAAUACAUUGAAGGGCUAGUGUAUAGACUGCAGGGAUGGAAGUAAGACUCCUAUUGCAUAGCAGUGUCACUCAUUCCAGGUUUUACUUGAAGCCUGGUUAGCCAGUGUAUAGGUAACAAGCUCAGGUAUAGGUAACAUAGUAAAACCUGCUAUGCAAUGGGAGUCUUAUAGCCAUGCCUGCCCUGUUUGAAUAGGUACACUGAAUCAACCAUUCACAUGCUUCCAGAAAGACCAUCUCUUUGAUAUAAAGUAUUUUUCAUGGGCUGACAUUAUUCAAAGAGACAGAAGAUCCCAAAGACUUAAAACUAUUAAAGUUACUUGCUUUUGGCAGUUCACAAAGACCCUGUUUUAGGUGUGCCUUCUUGUUUCUAGAGCAUUAUUUACAAGCCUCACAUUUUUAUUUUUAUCUAGUCUUGUAUUCUAUUGCCAAAAGCACUGGUUUUGUGAAGGUGCCGUGGUUGUUUCAAUACUUUUGUACUGUCGUUUUG